ACCCACUGCCCAAACAAAAACCUUUCCAUAAAAUUCCUAUACAAUGUUGUCAUAAUACGAUGUUUCCUUUUCCUUGUUUCCGCCGUCUAGGGAAGAUUUCAAUCUCAUUGAACGGGCCGUAAUUAAUCAAAAUGCUUGGAAAGUCUGAGCCCAUCCAAUACUGUAAAAAGACACCAGUUAAGGUAAUCGAUUUUAUAGGUUACAAUUGACUGAAAGAUCUUUUUAAACUAAAUUAACGGCAAUAUUGUGUUAGAGGUCAUAGCCUAUUCAUCGAUAUAUAUUUUAUAUACACUAAUUCAAUUAAGUUACUUUGACAGUUAAGGGAUAAAACGAAACAAAUGUUAAAGUUACCAAUCUUCCAUAGUUAAACAUUCAAAGAUAACUCACAACUUCUCGUAACUGAUGAAGACGACAUUUAGGUUGGAGUUGCUAAUAAGUCGAUGUUUAAGGCUAAGUCUAAAUUUAAGCGCGGUUUGAGGAAAUUAGUGGCCCCAAAAAUAUUCUAAUACUUUUAGUACGUAAAUGAUUUUCUUGCCUAGGCACUUUAAAAUGUCCAUUUGAUGCUAUUAAAAGCAAACAAUGUAAAGAAGAUUUAUGUGUUAAAAAAAUUUAAAAAGGGUUAUACUUAUAACUGAACACUGUCUAAACAUACUUUUUAAACAACAUGUCCCCCUUCACCGGCCCCAAGUAGUAAUUUUAGAAACGCGGCUGCAGUAAACGCUAUUAAUGAGUCAUUGAGGUAUAUAACGGGAGGCACAUCAAUCGAAAAAAGUGUUAUUUGGCCUAGACGAUAAAGAAGAGAAUAGAAUAUGAAGUGUUGUUAACGUUGGUGUUAUAUUGUUUUCAUUGUUCCUGGGAUGCUUCCCCUCCUCGAUCCGUCUUGCGCCUCUCACACGUUUUUCGCGUUACUCGCUGCUACACAUAUCUUUAGUUAAUAUGCUCUAGUAAAUUGCCCCUGUUAAGCAGGUUGCUUCGACUUAAGUGUCGAUAAAAGUUUAGUACAAGCAAAAAUAAUCAACUGUGACAUUUUUUGAGAGGUGUUUUCGAUAAUAUAAUUUAGAUACGAUAGGCAAUGGGGUGGGCCCCUUGUGGAGUACUCUCAUUUAAUAAAUUUUUCAAAUGUUUGAUCAUUAUAAGUUCGUUAUUUGAUGUCCAUUUAAUUAAAGAGAACAACUCCUUUUAUCCUAUAGUGUCCUAAUUUAAUCGCGUUUACCAUUGAGUGAUCAACACGAUCAAAAUAAUUAUGUUGUUUUAACCUAAAGGUGGAUUUCCACCGUCCCGUAAUUUUUAUGACGCUCGUAAAUAGAAUAGAGACAAUGUAUAUGGGAGGUCACGCGUAAACGUAAAAGUUGGACCUCGCUCAACUUUCAAGUUUACGCUUGGCCUUUCAUACAUUGCCUCUAUUUUAUUUAUGCGUCUAAAUUUUACGUGCGUUUGCACGAAAAAAUUACGCGACAGUGGAAAUCACCCCUAAGUGAAUAUGUUCAUCAUCUCAAUUUUUAUUAUUUCUCUCUUGUUCUAUACGUUAAUUUCUUACAGAAAUAUGACAGGAAAGGCACAGGCCUGUAACUUAAUUUAAAACAGGGACUAGGACAAAUUGUGACCAUAGCCUUUAUGUUGAUUUGAUAAGUAAUCAAUUCAUGUUAAACUAUAGUUAGCGACAAUGCUACAACUAUGAGUGAAUGUUCCANUGGGCCCCUUGUGGAGUACUCUCAUUUAAUAAAUUUUUCAAAUGUUUGAUCAUUAUAAAUUCGUUAUUUGAUGUCCAUUUAAUUAAAGAGAACAACUCCUUUUAUCCUAUAGUGUCCUAAUUUAAUCGCGUUUACCAUUGAGUGAUCAACACGAUCAAAAUAAUUAUGUUGUUUUAACCUAAAGGUGGAUUUCCACCGUCCCGUAAUUUUUAUGACGCUCGUAAAUAGAAUAGAGACAAUGUAUAUGGGAGGUCACGCGUAAACGUAAAAGUUGGACCUCGCUCAACUUUCAAGUUUACGCUUGGCCUUUCAUACAUUGCCUCUAUUUUAUUUAUGCGUCUAAAUUUUACGUGCGUUUGCACGAAAAAAUUACGCGACAGUGGAAAUCACCCCUAAGUGAAUAUGUUCAUCAUCUCAAUUUUUAUUAUUUCUCUCUUGUUCUAUACGUUAAUUUCUUACAGAAAUAUGACAGGAAAGGCACAGGCCUGUAACUUAAUUUAAAACAGGGACUAGGACAAAUUGUGACCAUAGCCUUUAUGUUGAUUUGAUAAGUAAUCAAUUCAUGUUAAACUAUAGUUAGCGACAAUGCUACAACUAUGAGUGAAUGUUCCAGCGUUUGUUUUCUCAUGGCAUUACGUUUUUUUAAAAAUUGACAUUUUUUUCAUAAAUCAAAUCACAAAGUUUAUAAGUCUUCCGCAGUAAUUAAAGUAGUACUGGCUAAAUCAUUGCAUCCAGGAAAAUAACUAUGGGACUAAAUAAGAGCAUGGUCGCAAUUAAUGCAUCCUCACUUGAAACGAACGGUAUUUAAGUCUGCUCAGCGGGCAGCUGUGUAUAGAUUUUGUUUUAAAAUUAAAUGCGAGUGGCGUCUCCAAUCUAUCGGAAUUGUCCUCUAAAAUAAAGACUUCGAGCUACUUCGUCUGAUGAUUUGUCGCUUUGUUAUCACUCAGUUUGCGAUUUUACCGGCGUCAGUAUCACUUGAAUACUGCCCCAUCUAAGGAAGUCUUGGAUACGUCGGACUUUGCCAGUGGAACUUGGACUCCAGAUUCCAAUCGUUAAAGGAAUUCCGGAUUCCUUGAGCUGUUAUCUGGAUUCCAAAACCCAGUAUUAAGGACUGAUUCCACAAGCAAAACUUGGCGGAUUUCCUUACAUGGGGGGAUCGUGCCAAAUUAGCUCAAACUGUUGCAAUUCAAAAAACAAAAGAAGUUAAUAUAUUUUUGUUGAAAGUCUUGAUAAAUCACUAUCCAGUGGAUAAGUAUUAGGAAAACCAAUUGCGCUAUCCAGUCGAUAGAUAUUUAUCCGAUGGAUAGCGCUAUCCACCUUUUGAACAACUGAGGCCAGGAAAAUAAUUGCAUGUUAUCAUAAUCUAUUGAUGCUUUGGCGAAACCCUGGAGGGAACUUUUAAGUUCAGUCCCUUCGGUCAGCAUCGAAAAUGAUUGGCUACACUUUUACGUAAAUCAACUUUGGAGUGAUCGGAAAUUUGAGAAAACAAAUUUUGAAAAAACACAACUCGCGGUUGAGAGCAAAACUUCAAUAAUAAUGGAUAAUAACUCUUCAUUUUAAUUCUUUAAUAAUAAUAAUUUUAUUCAUCUUUAAAAAAAUAUGUACAUGAUUUACAGAAAUAUUUGAAGUCAGAAUUAAGCAAUAAUAAUUAAAUAACAACAAUAAUAACAUAUUUAACAAAGGUAAACCCGUCAGUUAAAACUGUUAUUAAAAAUAACAAUUAAAAGAUAAUAACUAUCAUAAAUUAACUAUUAGAAAAUGUAAAAACUGUGUACAAUGUCGAAGGAUAAAAACUAAGAAUUAUUUAACUACGUACGAAAAUUAAGACUCUAGACUAAAACCUUUUAAAGAUCUAUUAUUAUUCUUUCAAAAUAUUUCCCCGAUUCUGAUUGGCUAAAAGCACACGCAUAAUUCAACAUAACAAGUUACUGAUGACCAAAUUUGGAAGAAUUUUGUGUUUAGCGAGGAAAUGACGUCAAAAAUGCAGCGUUCUUGCAAGUUAAGGCACCGUAAACCGAGAAGACCUGGGGACGAGGUUGAGUUGCUUUGGUUGUGAAAACAAAAAAUGGUGGACAUGUCACUCGUUUCAAGAGUAAGAACUUGGCGAAAUUAUAGCUAAAAACAUGGCAAGAACAGCAAGAACAUGACUCGAAGGGCGACAUCUGCUAUUUGGAGAAUAUUUGCGGAGUUGAACAACCCUAAACGUGUACUAUCAAAGGUGAACUUAACAUCGAUGGAGGUACCGGCAUGUUUUAGCGUUAUUUUUAAGCUAGGAAUUAUUUUGAAUGAAUAAUAAAAUAAUUAUUGAAUUCGGCUUUCGUAUCAUAUGAAAAAUUAUGGAGAUCUUGGAGGGUGUUAUAUCCUUCAUAAGAUACUCAGCCUCAUUCAUUAAUUGUUAAUUAAGAGUUCUAAAAAAUAAUAUCAUUGAGCUGUGUUUCAAAAAUCACUAUAGAGUCAAUUUCCUUAGGAUGCGGUGGUAAUGAAGUUAUUGAAAACUUGGGCUUCAGUAUAAAAAAGUGCCUUUCUUAGAAGAUUUUUUUUCGCAGUUUAGGAAUUGAAAUAAACCAUAUCGCCUAGUGGAAAGAUGUGAAGACUUGAUAAAAUAAUCCUUACAUGGAUCUGAAGCAAUGUUAUGGAGACACUUAAAAACAAAUUAAGUUAAAUAUACAUACUGUAAUAUAUAAUAGAACGCAGCCUUAAGGGACUUCCAACUCAAUUGGCAUAACAGUUGAUGUAACUUACACCUCAGAACUUGAAGACAUGAUUAUGUUUUUAACUUGUUGAAAAGCUUAAUUAAAAAUAUUUAAAGACAAGAAAGGUUGCCGCGGAAGCGUGUUUAAACCCGAGAAUGAGAGCUUGAAAAGGACUCAGUUUGUUGUUGAAAAUCUGGAAAUACAGUAAAAUUUAUGUUUUAAACUUAAACGUAGAAAAUGAUUGAUUUUCUUUCAGUAAAAGGCCUGAAAAAUAACAUUCUUAUAUAAACAAGAAAAAUGGGUACCGUUCUUAAGCCACACACCUCACAGACAGAGAGACCUGCCAGCAGGUUUUGGAAGAGAAAAUACUUAUCGAAAGGUUUAAACGUCAACAAAAGGUGAACAAAAACUUUAAAAGUUACUCAUCGUGGCAAAUUUUGAAGGAGACGUUGUAAAAGCGCAGUACGCUAAUUUCAAAACAUCUUCGUUUAAUGGCUGUUUUCGCUUGUUAGCUCACAAGAUAAACUUAGAGGUGGAUAUUGGAUGGAUGAGUAUAGACCGUCCAAUGAGUUGCCCAAGUUCUAAAUUUGGAGGCCUUAUUGUCACACCCUCACAAAAAUGACCUUAGUAAUCCCCCGGUUAGGACUUUUCCUGGGGUUAUAUUCCAAAAGUAAAUGUCAGAGUAUGUGUCCAUUACGCCGUAAUUUGAAGGGUUGGAUGGCACGUACGUACACAAGAAGUCACCACCUGGGAUGAAAAUUUGCGACAGAAAAACGUAAAAGAAAAAAAAGAAAAAAAAAAGAUACUGAGCCGAAAACGUAAGUCGGCGUUGCCCCUAUGGGCCAGCCUCGACUAAAAAGUCCCAAUCACAAAAUAAACUCCUCUUGACAAUUUUUCCAUUCUUAACUAAGUACGCAGUGAAUAAUUUUUAGCGGUGUAUAUGUUUUUUAUUUAACACUUUAUAUAACUAAUAAAAUAUGCCUUCCCCAGAACAAUCAAUUUCAAUCUAGAGGAGAGAAAGCAAUUUAUAAAAAAGAAUUAACAACAAUACACUAUAUUUAAUAUACUAGCAAAAAUUUAACCUUGAUUUGCUUUUAAUUCAAACAACUUCAGCUUCAAUUUCAUUUUAGUCAAUCAUGGCAAGACACUUACUGGUCAGUCUGGUGUUCCUACUGCUUGUAAUAGACUUGGCCUCGCCUAACGUCGUCGGUGAAAAAGACUCUGUAGCGGAAAAAAUGAUGAAUAAGAUAACUUACCAGGAUGUACAUGACAAAAACGUUCGCAAAGAAUCUCUUGAUGAGGUUUCCACCCUGGGUAAAGGACUCGAUAAGAGCUUUUCUACAUUCAACAACGAUGUUCCACUGCUGCUUACUAUCAACGCGGCUAAAAAACUUGCCCAAGGCAAAUGUAACUUGACUGUACCAUCAAGGAAUCGAAAAAAGGAGAGAAAAUCAGCCCUGAGAAAGGACUAUCAGGCCUAUCAGCACGGCGUCAAGGAUUUCAUUAGCGAUAAGAAGUGGCUCGAUGCUAAAAGGAGUGAAAAAUGUACCUCGUGCAUCCUGGAUGAACUGUGCAAAGAUUUAUCAGUUCUAGGGGAGCUGAGUAUUGCCAACCUACCAAAGUGAGUCAAAAUAUUGUAUAAUUUAAUUCUUUCAACUUUCGCGGAUUGUUAAAAUCCAAUUGCUCUGUUGUUACGUACAUAUUUAUGUAGUUUUAGGCAAGCCUUUAAGCGGAGCUUCCACAACGAUUUAUAGUAAAGGCAAUAAUUGCAAUUUGAUAUACGCAAAUCUGGGAUUAAAAGCACGAUUCUCUCUAGUGAUUUAGAAUAGCUUGUUCCUCUAGUUUUCAAAAUAAAGCGGCGUAUAAUUAAAACUGCGGCAGCCCGAGGACAAAAUUUGAAAACAAUCACAAUAUUGCUCUUGAAAGCUGUUUAGGCCCUUUGGCGGUCGCCACUUUUGAAGUUAUUGAUAGUAGUGCCAAUUUAUACAGCCAACGUAUAUACUGAGUUCUAGCCAAUCAGGUGAGAAACAAAGCUCGUCCAAUUGGAUUCGCGACUGAUAUUUUUUUCACCUUUGAGAAAAGUAGUCCCUCCACUAAGAAUCCGCACGGCAGUAGAGUUUGAACUUAUAAAUUUUUCAGUCUUUCUUUUCCUAGUUGCUUAGUUACUAGGUUGUGAUUAAAAUGACAAGUACAUUGACUAUCAUAUCUUCACUGAUCUUCUACGGUUAUUGUUACGAACACACAAAAAAACCAAAAAUGUUCCGGUCAUUAUCAAAAUAUGCGAAUUAUGCUAGCAGUGCCACGUUAUAAAAAUGGGAAAAAUUAUGCUAGCACAAUCUAUAAAAGCCUAAUGGCCAGUAAAACAGUGCACUUCAGUAAAGUGGAUCUUCCCCGGAUUCAGUUUUUUUUUUUUUUUUUAAGAAUAUACCAGUUUUAGGCCAGUGCCUAACAGAUAACAUUUUUAUUCCACAUUCCCCCAACAGAGGUGACAGAGAAAGAGCAUGCAAAAGAAAAAUUCUCAAGAAAGCGAUCGACAUCUACCCCAUAAAAGUGCAUUCUAUACAGUGUGAUUCGAAUACCACAUUUCGCACAAUCGAUGGAACAUGUAACAACCUAGAAAACCCAAUUUUUGGUUCAGUCGGAUCAAAAUUCACACGCGUUGCAGAGGCUGAUUAUGGCGAUUGCAUCUCAGAACCUCGAAGAUCAGUGACUGGUAAAGUGCUUCCAAACGCGCGAGACGUUAGUCGUUUUGUUCACGGCAGCAAUGCAGACCGCUCAAACCCAAAUUCCAAAAUACUGACCCAUCUGGCCAUGAAUUUUGGACAGUUUUUGGACCACGACAUAACGUUGGCAGAGGCACAGGGACUUAACUGUGAACCACCUGCCGACAAGAAGAAUUCUGAGUGUAUCAACAUUCAUAUUCCAAACGAUGAUGCGAUAUUCCGUGAAAGAGAGGUUGAUUUUAUUGAAAUGGAGAGAGAUGCCCCCCACGUACCAGUUUCUCAUUGCAAAUUAGUCGUUCGAGAGCAUUCGAACACAAUAACGGCCUUUAUUGACGCGUCUAACGUAUAUGGAUCAACUAAGCAGGUCGCUGAUUCACUUCGUGCUCCAGACGGCCUACUACUGGACAUGGACCAUCCACAUGGCUGCCCAUUUAAGAACCUGCUUCCUGCCCAAACCCAAGGGUUUUGUCCAUCGCGGGAUCCAAACAGGCCAUGUUUUGUAACAGGAGAUAUAAGAAACAAUGAGAACCAAGGUGAGAUUAGAGCUAUCCUAAGCUUGCCAUGAAAUCGAUAAAAUGGGAAGAAAGUUUUUUGGGGGGGUAGGGGGGUAAGCAGAAACAGCAAAAAUUAGGGAGUUUGAGAUGUCACGACAACGACGGUAACAUAAAUCGGUAGCAUAAAUGUUCUAAAAAGCAAAUUGUAAUGUUUAGUUAGCAAAACAACAACUUUGCACGUGCCACACACGAUGACACUUCUUUGCCGUUACUGCACGACUACGAUGUUAAAACACCUACUUCCACCAUUAUAUGGAGGACGUAAACAAGCGAUCAACGACGAUAUGUAAAUUCUUUCGGCUCCUUUUUCUUAUUUGGUAUGGCUCUAAGGAAUUCAGUUUCAGGAGAGUUUGCCUACAUUUGAAAAUUUAAGAGAGUUCAGCGAUAAUCGCGAUUGAUUAAGAUUUAGAGAACACGAAUUCGCUUUUUUAAAAGAAAGUUCUGGCGUCGGCAGUUGUUUCUUGAACUGCGUAUUGUCCGGCUUGCGCUGAAUGGAUCAUGGUUUUGUCAUGAUACUUAACAACUAAUGAAUGAGGCUGAGUAUGGAGAUCGAGGAGGAUGUUAUCUGUCGAGGCCGUAGGCCGAGGCCGAUAACACCCUCCGAGAUCUCCAUAAUUCUUCAUAAGAUACUCAGCCUCAUUCAUUAAUUGUUAAGUAUCAUGCUUACCUCCAUCGAUUCAUCGAUGUUAAAGUUCAUCUUCGAUAGUGCCAAUUAGGGUUGUUCAGCUUCGCAAAUAUUCUCCAAAUAGCAGAUGUCGCCCUUCGAGUUGUUCUCUUACUGUUCUUGCCAUGUUUUUAGCUAUUAUUUCGCCUAGUUCUUACUCUUGAAACGAGUGAAAUGUCUGCCAUUUUUGUUUUCACAACCAGAACAACUCAACCUCGUCCCCAGGUCUUCUCGGUUAACGGUGCCUUAACCGUAAAAAAAAACGCUGCAUUUUGGACGUCAUUUCCUCGCUAAACACAAAAUUCUUCCAAAUUUGGUCAUCAGCAACUGGUUAUGGUGAAUUAUGCGUGUGCUUUUAGCCAAUCAGAAUCGGGGAAAUAUUUUGAAUGAAUGAUAAUUAAGAUGAAGGGUCGGGCUCCUCUCAGGGAGGAGGGUGGAAGGCAGAGGACUCUAUUAUAUUGUUUUGAAACUGCCUUUCAUGAAACACUCCGCGUGCAAGUGUGACGUCACAUAGUAACGGGUGAGAGCUUCUGGUCGCCUGUCCAAAUUAGCAAGGAAAAAGAGCAUACCAUCGCCUUUGAUAAAAUUUCAUUUUUAUCUUUAGGCUUUAGAAAAAACAGAGGUUUUUUUUUUCAAAAAUCCUGAUUAAAUAUUUCGGAGGAACGCACCAGUGCUAUCGCUCCAAUUCUGCAUUUGGGCUACCUGUUGUAAGUAGGGCACUAAAUCACGGACUCAGCGUACAUGUACAUCAAUCGUAAACUUCUCUCAAGUAACAUAUGAAGUUAUUCUUCUUUUUCUUUCUUUUUUUUUUAACUUUAGUGAUAACGUUUAGUCUAAGUUUAGGUUGAAAUUUACUUUAAUCGCUGAUACAUUUAACUAAUGUGCUCAGCUUGUUAGUAUUGAUAAAGGGCGACAUUAUGGCCUAAUGCAGGAGUCAAUUAUUAAGAUUAUUAUUAGAAAUUUAUUCUUACGGACUCAUCGCCUCUUAACCCGAAAAAAUAAGCAGUUGAUUUAUUUUUAAACCAACAGGUCUGAAUUCGCUCCAUACUAUUUUUACACGGCACCACAACCGCAUCGCUACAUUUUUUGGUCAGAAAACUACCUGGGACGCCGAAAAGAUUUACCAAGAAACCAGAAGAAUUAUUGGAGCGCAAAUGCAAAUCAUAACAUACGGCGAGUUCCUGCCGUUAAUUUUAAGCGAACAAACGGUAAGUUUCUGCAAACUACAAUCUAUUAAAUUCUGGUCAUAAUAUGCACAGUUAUUUUAAUUCUGAAGUGUAAUUAAAAAAAAUUUGACUGACUGAAUUUUUGAACUAGAAAUGUUUUAGAUUACUGAAUAUUUAUUUAGGCAAUUAACCAUCACCCUUGACGCAGUCCUAGAUACCAGCAUGCACGUCACAUAGGCGGAGCAGUCAGAAUUACCGUAAAUGUUCGAAAUAUAGUGUCCAGGGGUCUGUUUUUCUUUAUAUUUUCUGAGUUCCGGAACGGGGAACGUUUAUUUUUAUUUGUGAGUUUCAAAUUUUGGUGGCAUUAAAAAAACGUGGACUUAAACAAAAUUGCUCAGUAGAAGGUGUCCUCUUAAUAGAAGCUUCACUGUACCUUGUUUUGACGACAGAAAAUAUUAUGGUUAUCCCGCAGUAUCAAAGAUAAGGUCUAACAUAAGCGCAUGCGAUUUAUCUCGAAUAUUGACGCCAAUGCUGCCUGUUUUGGACGCGUGUUGCUCGUCCUUUUCAUGGGACCAACGUGAAUAAGAAACAAAAAGGCUGUCCGCGUGUUCAACCUUAAUGGGCUCCGCGCGUGAGCUCCGCCAUCAUACAUAGAGCACAAUCUAAAUGAAACAAUCCAUGUUUUGUUUCCGUUUACGACUCAAACAUAUGGAGGAUAUCACAUGGCUGCCCGGAGAUACGAAAUUUCUCUUCGAGUGCUAAAAACUAUUUCUGACCGCCAAUGUGCGCAGCGAACGGGUGAAAUAUUUUUUUAACACCAGGUAUUUCAAUCAUUGGUGUUCAUAUAAUUUAUAUAUUUAUUUCAAAGUGUCUCACUUUCAACACUUUUAGAUCAAGACAUUUGGUCUCAAGCUUCUUGAGGGAGACCAGUUCUUCAAUGGCUAUGACAAAACAGUGGAUGCGCAAAUGUCGACGGCCUUUGCUGUAGCCGGGUAUCGAUUUGGUCACAGUUUGGUUCAAGAGUUGUUCAAUCGGUUCUCUCAGGCCGGCUUUGAACACAAAUGCGAUGAAGGCAAAUCAAAAUUUCUGCCUAUCCCAGUACUGGACUUCAAUAAUCCACAGUACUUAUAUGAUACUGGUAAAGGAGGUAUCGAUUCCAUUUUGAGGGGCUUAGUGAAAGACCCUGCGGGGAAGGCCGACGGGUAAGUAAAAUCACCUGUAUGUACUGUGCACUUUGAGACCCUUUUAACGAGCGUGCCUUAACUUUAUGUAGCUCUCCAUUGUUUAAGCAGGUUAUUAUUUCAAAUACUAUGACAGAGCAAGGCACUGAGGUGGGGCACUUCACAAUAAUGACCUGCCUGUUCUAAAUAGAUGGAAAGGUGUGGAUAAUAGAGUACUAAAGUGUGACGUCAUAAAAAUGAAAUUUCUGAAAUUAUUGGAUUUGUCAGGAUAUUCUGAAAGAACAAUGUCCAAGAGGCCUACUUGCCAAAAAUGAGCAUUUCGGGGCAAAUUUUCUCUGAGAUCGUAGCCCAGUUAUGCUUAGAAAACUCCAUACAAACCCCUCUCAAAUUUUUUGGGUCGACCCAAAAGAACACUGCCAAAACAUCCAAACACCGUUACGGUACCGUUUGUGUUGUUAGUCCAUCCUUCUAAUGUUGUCGAUCCGAUUGACGUUUGUUGUAUCAGAGAGCUGCUGUCUUCCCAAUUUGGUCAACACCAGCUAGUCAAAUUAAGAAUUAGCCGGGGGAUUAAAGCUAAUCAGAAAAAGAAUUUUUUUAAAAAACGCCUCAACAUGCACUUGCCUUCAUGGAAGUUGGAGAGGUGCGAGGGAAUUUGGCAGAUCUCGGGCGGUGUUAUGUGUAUAUAAACACUCCUAGCCGAGAAAUCUGAUCUGCAAGUCACAAAAAAAUAAACGGCAUUCAAUAAUUUUUAAAUAUUCCAUGUUUUUAUUCAGUUUCUUCAAUGGAAACAAAAUAUCCGUAUUGUUAUUUACACUUUCCUCCCUAACUGUUUUCACUGCCAGUGGUACGACGUGUCUGUUCAGCGUUUUACGUCGCCCCAAGUAAGGGAAUCCAAGACAGUUUUGAAUCCAAAGCCCAUUGGUUCUUGAUUCCACAAGCAAAAAUUUCUCUGCAAGCAAACUGAGUUCCUGGCAUUCCCUUACACGAGACAAUUCGCGAGCCAGGGCCAUAGCUAUAAAUUUCACGUACAACUGGGGUGAGGCUGCAACAUCGAACAAUGAUUUAUAAGCUUUCACGUUAAAGAUUAAAAGGUUAAAGGUUUUUUUGCAGUGGAAAGUGCACUUAGCUUAUCCAGCUAGUUUACAGGCACUCCACUCAAAUGAUUCUGAAACAAAUGAUGGAAAUAGAACAUAACGGGAUUAAAAACUCCAACUGGCAGGAGGCUGCAUAAGUUGGCUAUUUACAAGCGUUGCCAAGGAUUUGAACUCGGGAUGACCGGGAACAAUUCAUUAAGUAGCCAGAGCCGGGGAAUCGAACCCGGGACCGCCGGAUUGCGAGGCCGAUGUGCUGACCACUCGGCCACGCUGCCUCUUAAUACAGAUCUUAACAAAAGAGGAAUACCUCGUGAUUGUCACUAUUAUUUUUUGUCAUGUAGGAGAUUUUCAAGCUCUGUACAAGAAAACCUGCGUCGGGGUGAAGGUGAUCUUUCUGACUUAGUGGCUAUUAACAUCAAAAGAGGACGUGAUCGAGGAGCUCCCGGUUACAUCAUCUAUCGUAACCUUAAACUAUGUAACCUUACAGAAGUGAAAUCGUUCCGUGACUUGGAAAAAAAGGCUGGAUUUUACCCAAAGGACGUGGCCAACUUGAAAAAAAUUUACAAGGGAAGAAUUGAGGAUAUAGACUUGUUCACCGGAGGUUAGUCUUGGGUAUUAUCACAAUCUUUAGGAUUCAGCUUCUGUUUUAACUAUGAGAACAUUAAUAUUGUAUUAGCCCUGAUUGGCAUUAAACUUAUAGGGCAAAGAACCACCCCUAAGUGAAGCCGAUGUUUUGUAGGCUACGAUUGGUCGAACCGUUUCGAAAAUGAAAACUGGGAAAAAGACCUCUGUUAAAAAUAUCUGUAAUGUAUUAGGUGUCAUUAUAUUUAUCAUUGUUUUAUUUGCUUUAGCAGUGAGAACACAUACGCUGUUUCAUCUGUAUAGCUACCUAAACGAGACCCAGGGGCGGUCAGUUGCGUCAGGAAAAACAGCGGGGAAAGUUCUCAAGAACGGGCGGGAGAGCCCCUGGGAUGUUACUCUUAACGAGCCAGUUGUACGACUCAUUUUAAUGCUUGACUGUGAUUGAGCACAAAAAUAUUUUUUGAGCUUUAUCAUAUUCAUCAGAGGCCAGCAUUUAUCGCACUGCUUUCGUCAUCUUAUACGAAAGACUUUACCUCUUUACCUACCUUUUUGUGCCUAAUAACAGACAAGCAUCGGAAAUAGUCGUAGAUCUGGCUCUUAAAGAGUAGCAUCCCAGGGGCUAUCUUGCCCGUUCUUGAAAACUUUCUCAACCGUUUUUUCUGACCAAACUGACGGCCCCUGGGUCUCUGAGGAUGCUCCCAACAAUGUUGGAUGUUAGAAUGUUGUGUCCGUUUGCACACCCUGUUACAUGUUGUUGGAUGUUGUUGCGUGUUGUUGCGCAAAGUUUGAAACCGGUCAAAAUUUUAACCUGUUGCAAACGGAGGCAACAUUCAGGUCAACGCCUCCCAACAUUGCUGGGAGUUGCAUUGUUGCGUCCGUUUGCACCUAGCUUAACUAGAGUCGUGCAAACAACGGCAAAGGAAUGUACAAAAGAUGUACGGCACGUUGAAAGUUGUUUGUUUGCUAAUUAGACCUAUUGAUUUUUUCGCAGUUCUCGUUGCCGUCGCCGGUUAACAUUACACGAUUUUAGUUUUUGUUUGAGUAAACUAUGAGUAUAUCAACGAAAUCUUCGCUUCUAGCCAUGGCUAAAUCUAUUUAAUAUAUACUAAAACAGUGGAUAGUGCUUAUUCGCGCGCUCUGAUUUGCUACUCAAUCAGUGAAUAUCCUGCACUAUUCACUGAUUCACCUCCAGUUCCUCCGAGCGAGCAACGCCAAUGCCUUCCCGGUUUGCAAGCUAGUUCCCGAAACACACGAAGAAGGUGACGAAGUUCGGUUUGGAAGUUUUAACAGGUUAAUCUUUGUCCUUUGACUUGAAUUUAUCGAUAAAACUGGUGAGAAAGUUUUUUGUUUACAAAUGCAAAUUAAGCUUAAGUCUUGCGUUACUUUAUUUAGUUGAAUUGUUUAUAAGUAAAACCUAAAUUAAAUAAUCUUUUUUUACAGAAUGAUUUUAAAUACAAAAAGAAUUCACAACUCCUUUUGAAGAAAUUUCGCCGCAAGAGCCAAACAAAUGCUUUCAAAAGUUUCAUUUGUCGACAAGAAAAAGCGACGACCUCGGCCGUUCGGUCAUUGCGCGCCAAAAUUGUAAUCGUUUGCAACAGUAAAUGAGUUAAAAUCAUCAUUUUUGUGCUCAAUAAUACCUCACUGUUAUGGUAUAACUAAAACAAUCAUUUACCUCAGUGUCGGUGGCUAGUGAUGUUGGGAGUUGCUGCGUCCGCUGGCACGUAGCUUUUGAUAAGCGGUUAGAAUAAAAUCUACACAUCACUACCUUUAAUUUUCAUUGGCUGUCUAAUUGUCCAAUUUUGACCUGUCCGAUAAUAGGGAGCUUCUGCACGGACAGUUCCGAGACUGGAAAUGAAGCUUUAAUAAGCUUAAGCCUCAUGCCAGCAGUCGGACGCAACAUUAGAGAGAUUUAGAGCCACGUUUACCUCAAACGGCAAACGCCGAAUUUGUACCACGUGAUCAAGUUUUCCCCUAACUGUCGUUUGCUGUUUAUUACUUCUCAAAUUGUAUCUGGUGCAUGCUGUUUGCUGUAAACGUGACCCUAAAUCUCUCUUUAUAUUGUCUGCCAACAACUCCUAACAUUAGAUGUUGAUGUUAGAAGUCGCUUCCGUUUGCAAACUUUGCUGUUGCAUGGUGUUGCGUGUUGUUGGGAGUUGUUUCGCAAAGUUCGAAACCGGACAAACAUUUAACCCAGUAACGGACGGAACAACUCCCAACAUUGUUUCGUCCGUUUACGCGAGGCUUUAACGGCUGUUAGAAAAAGCACAUGCACGUCACGCAUCGGAGCAUGUUGUUAUAAUAUUGACUGAGACGGUUAGAAACCGAAAUAAAAAUGACUAUUUUCCAAUCUUUAAGAGAGGUUUUAAGUUAAGCACAUGGAGGGCUCGGUGGCUUCCCGAGAAAGUGAAUUCUUAAUUAAAAUAAUAGACAUGUCCUAAAAUUUAAAGUUGUUUUUAUUCAAAUAAACAUAUUUUUCGAUACAGACACAAGCAGUUUUUACCGAUAAACUUGGGAAAGCUGCCCCUUUUCUAUGGCCUCCUCCAUGUAAUUUUUUCUACUGUAUGCAUCUGCAAGGUAAGCUUUAUCUGCUAUUCGAUUCCUUUUCAGGAAUGCUGGAAGGAGUAGAUCCCAAAGGAGGAGUCCUGGGACCAACAUUCCAAUGUAUUGUAGCAGAGCAGUUUAAACGCCUCCAAAUCGGAGAUCGCUUUUGGCAUGAAAACGAGGCUAACGCAUACUUGAACACCGACAAGACAGCAUUCAACCAUUGCCAGCUUCGAGAACUCAGAAAAACACUCUUUUCCAAGAUAAUCUGUGAAAAUAGUGAUGACUUUUCGGCUAUUCCCAGAUGGGCCAUGAAACAAUCUAAAAUAAGAGUGUCUUGCGACGCGCUGCCAAAACUCAACCUUGAGGCAUGGAUUCCUGAAUGUGAAUCAGAAUGGAAUAUUUGGCAGGGUAAACGUUGAAAGUGUGGGUUUGAAAAAUCUUUUCAUUUAUCUUUAUCCAAAGGUAAUAUAGAUAUAUACCGAGCACAAUUCCCGCCCUUACAACUAGCUUUGAGUUCGUUUCGUAGUGUUUUUCCAGGGCGGACAGGGGCACCCAACGUCAAUUUUUGGAAAAUAUCUGUUCGGAAGACGAUUUGAGAUCUAGAAUUUUCGGAACAUUUGUUGCAAAAGUUUUUGCUUGCCUGCCUCUCCCAGGAUUUUCGAACGUAUUAAAAAAUUGUGUAAUUGCCCAUUUUUAACGGAUUUUUACGGACUACCCUGAGUACCAGAGGUUUUCUUCUUGUCCGCGGCGAAAUGCCAUCGGUGUCGGGCGCAGGUUUUUCUGGCUGAAUUAAUUUUUUGGAUCCCUAUAAUUUUCGGGUCACUCGACUUUCAGCUAGGAAAUCCAAAGAGAUGAAAAAUUUUUAGGGAAUCGAAAUAUUCCUAUAUGUACUAUUUAAAUACUAAAAUACGUUCAACAAUUGUUUAAGUGCUUUUGGACUACAGUUGACUCCCGAUAACUCGAACUCUCGCUAACUCGAAUCAAAAUCGAUUUCCCCUGGAUUUCCGUCAUACAUUUACUGUAAUUUUACCCUCGGUAACUCGAACCCUCGAUAACUCGAAACUCCCGCUAACUCGAAGUAAUUUUUGUUUCCCCUCACAUCAUUUCUAUAUAAUUUUACUGUCGAUAACUCGAACCAUGCUUUGAGCCCUUAAAAAGUCGGGAAAAAAGAGUGUACUGCCUCCGAAACAUUGAAUUUUGAAUUUCUAUUGACGUGUUGUAGGCAUAUAGUUUACUAGUGGAUCGAUAGUGGAGGCUGAUAUUGUUUGCCACAAAUCUAACGUGAAAUAACUUUACUUCUCAAAAAGUAAAAUGCAUGCUCCAUUUAGGCAACGUUUUGUUACUUUACGUUCUGAUGUAUAAUCUAACCGUAUCUUUCAAUUUUCACUCAACAUUUUUACAAUUAAAUGUGAUUAGAAUACUCACUGUGCAGUAAAAACUGUUUUUUUUCCUAUUACUCCCGGCUAUUUUAAUUUUCUUCUAGCUCCCAAUAACUCGAACCUUUUUCGAUUUCCCUUGAAGGUUCGAGUUAUCGGGAGUCGACUGUAUAUUCUCGUUGGGUGCCCCGAUUCCCGCAAAAUUACAGUGUUUGUAUGGGGAUAAGUUAGUAUCCUAAAAUUUGUAAGAAGUAUCAAACAAACGUCAAUAAAACUUUCUCUGCGGUGUAAUUUGUUGUAGUUACCCUUAAUGAUCACACGAAGUUUGUUGUUAAUAUGUCUUCCAUACAAUUCACCCUCCAUACAAUAGAAUAGACCAGGUAGGUGGCAAGAGAUGAAAUCUUAAAAGCCGCCAUUAAUUGCUCCCUUUUCAACACCACUUUUUCCACGAAAUUAACAAAACGAAUCCAACAGACUUGGUAAAACCCGAAAGAGAGCUUUAUCCUCUCUUAAUGGUAAAACUCGAAAGCAAAUUUUAGGGACUAUUUGCAGUCUUGGAAUAAAUGACAAAGUAUUUAGCUGAUAACCGAGAUCUGAGAUCCAAAAAAGUAUUAAGUGAUGUCAGACAAACAAACUGAAAUUCAAAAUUCCUAAAUUGAAAUUUAAAUUAAACCUGACUACGCCGAGAUCCAGGUUAACCACCUCUUGACUCGAAGACCCUCCAUUGCACGCAACCAGGCCUGACUUUUACAAGUUGAGCACCAGGUUAAAGGAACUUGUUAUUAUAUUAUACAACGCCGCGAGAACGGCUCUAAAUAAACAAAGUGAAUAAAUGUUGAGGAAAACAAAAUGCAAAAUGUUCCACAGCCGAACCUUAUAGACACCUCCAUUCAACAUAACAUUAUUGAGACGACUUUCACGUCGAUCGAAUGCCUUCCCGUGACUAUCUCAACUUUACGAUUGAUUGAGUGAUUCAUUGAUAAUUAAUGUGGACACCUUUUUCCCUCUUUACUCAGAUGGUGUAAGUGCUGUGCGGCUUAAUUGUAAUUAUGCUUGUUUGUGGACUAGGCAAUAUCAGGUAAGAAACUAAGGGCAAUACAGCAAAGAUCAUUUUGAAAUUGGUUUGAUUCCCGUCACGACAGCCACCCCGCUGAGAUCUAAUUUUAGGAUGAUUUUUAUGGACAAGACUACCUACACGAGCAAGCGUGAAAUAAUGAAUAAAGCUGAAAAAA